AUGACAUUUUUUGUUUGUUCACAGAUGAGGGGACGUGGAAGGGUUAACAAGCCCAGAGGACUGGUUCAACUUCCUACUAGUGCAAGUCAAGAGGACGCGAAUACAGAUGACGGACAAGAGCAUGAGCUGCAUUUACCACGGGCACCGACGGGACUUGGGGAUACGAAACUUCAGAUAUGGCUUCCCCGUCCCCUUCCACCUCCUCACCGUCACAGUUUACAUCCUCACCACCCUACUGCAGCUCCACGACCAACGGUAUCACAUACACAUUCACCUCUUCCUGCAUCCCCUUCUGGUACUGCAUCAGCUAGAGGGACAGGAUCUACAUCAGCAUCUACUCCAUCAUCUGCUCCUGCAUCUGCUCCAGCAUCAGCUGCAUCGACCACUGCUGUAGGCGGAACACAGUCAUUCCGACAGACUAUUUCACUCAUUAACAACAAUUUGCAUCCGUCGGAGAUGUGCAGCCGCAGGAUAACUCUGAUAGUGAAAGAAAGAUUGGUCGAGGAAGGCCACUGUUGGAAGACUGUGUCCAAUGAAACUAAGGAGUUUUAUUGGCAGGAAUUCAAGAAAUACUUCAUAUGGGACCAAGCAAUUGACAGCUUGGUAAAAAUUGCCUGGCAGAAAAAGGCAGCUGAGCGAUACAGGGGCUUAAUGUGGGAAAUCAGGAAAGGGAAGGCGAAGAAUCUUGCAACCCCUGAUUCUGUUUUGAGGAAGUGGCAGGAAACUUGGAACACUUCUGAAUACAAAGAGAAGUGUGAGAAGUUUUCUGCCAAUAGGCAUAGUGAGGCUGGAGGGUCAGGAUCUGGCAUUUCCAGGCACGCAUGCGGUUCUGUUUCACAGUACACCCACCAGCGGAGGAUGAGGGAAAGACUAGGCAGAGAACCACAUCCUCAUGAGCUUUUUGAGGCCAUACAUAAGAGAAAGGGGACGGAGGAGUUUGUUGAUGCGAGAUCAAAAGCUAUUUAUGAUAAAUACGUACAACUGAAGGAGGCUACUACACAUCAACAGGAGGGAAGCAAUGAGUCGACGCCCAUAAAUGAGGCCCAACUGUACUACGAAGCAGUUGGCGGACAGAAAAAGAGUCGAGUUUAUGGGUUAGGGUCCCAGGCUUCAGCAUAUUUUCAUGAGCCAUCUCAUUGUUCUGCAUUAUACAUGUCUGCACCCCCAGUGGAUCCUCCUACAAUUGAAACAAUGAACAGGAUGCAGAAUAAAAUUGAUCGGCUAGAGACAGAGAAUAGUCGAAUUACCACAAGGCUGGACGAGUUGCAGACGAUUAUGCAUAGGAUGAUGGCACAACAGGGUAUUGGGAUAUCCACUCAGACAUCUACUCCUACGGCACCUCCAGCUCCGUCUCCACAGCAGCGGCGUGAUGAUGCCCCUGUCAUUGGUGAUCAUCAUACAGAUAGUGAUGAUGAUACAGAUGUUGAGCUAGCUAGUUUAGUUUAG